AGUCGCCGGUCUCCCAGCAACAGAGUGUAAAUAACCGGGGUGUUAUUUUUGCUGUUGGCUAGCAGUGAGCAUGUCAGAGCAGCGGAGAAAUGAAUGAAACGCUGCUUUGACUCUGGUUAUUUAAUGAGCUAGCUGAAGGGAGCGUCGGGUACACACUGGGAAGCAAGAUACCGAGGCUAAAUCACAAGAUCAGGCAGCUGAUGGUUGCUGGCUAGCCAAUGGGGCUGUUUGACAAGUUGGUAGGAUGGCUGGGGCUGAAGAAGGAGGUCAAUGUGCUGUGUCUCGGUCUGGACAACAGUGGCAAGACCACCAUCAUCAACCACCUCAAGCCCACUAAUGCUCAGGCACAAGACAUUGUCCCCACCAUUGGCUUCAGCAUAGAGAAGUUCAAGACAUCCAGUCUUUCCUUCACAGUGUUCGACAUGUCGGGCCAAGGCAGAUACAGAAACCUCUGGGAACAUUACUACAAAGAAGGCCAGGCCAUCAUAUUUGUCAUCGAUAGUGCGGACAAACUGAGGAUGGUAGUAGCCAAAGAAGAGCUGGACACAUUACUAAACCACCCUGACAUUAAACACAGGAGGAUCCCCAUCCUGUUCUUCGCUAACAAGAUGGAUGUCAGAGACGCUCUGUCUUCAGUCAAAGUCUCACAGCUCCUGUGUUUGGAGAACAUCAAAGACAAACCCUGGCACAUCUGUGCCACCGAUGCGCUGAAAGGAGAAGGUUUACAGGAGGGAGUGGACUGGUUACAAGAUCAAAUCAAAACAAUGAGAACGUGAGGGCAUGAAGAAGGACACGCAGAAAGUAGCAGCAUCCGUGGAGGUCUUCUAAAAGAUGGGUUGACCCUGUUUUCAGAGGUACCAUGGGAUAGUAACCUUUUUUAUGUGGUGUUUAGUGGUUACCUCGAUUCUCUGAUACCAGUAAUAACAGUCAAACGCAUCCAGUGACACGAAUUACAAAUGGAAAAUUGAUAAAAUGAGCUCAUUCAUUUUGGAAAGAGUCCUACUUUUCCAUACAAGCUUUUUAACGAGGCAGCAACGUCUUACAAAGACGGAAAAUUGUAUUUCCAUUCAUAUCAUUCCUCUUAUUUUCUCAAUAUCUUUGUCUAACAGGCUCACAGGGAUUGUGAUGAACUAAGUUGUGGUAGAAGCUGUCAUCAUUUUAGGGAUCAUGAAUAUCUGGGAUGUCUCAAAGAAAAGACAUAUCGUUGGGUGGUGUGUAAUCCCUUAAACUAUCCCCUGUGUCCAUCAAAUGGUAUCUGCCAGCUUCCCUAAAGAGGCGACAUGUUUAAUGUGUCAGGCUCUCUGUAUCUAACGGGCAAAUACAAAAUGAUCUGGAAUGGAAAAAAAUAUUUUUAGUUCUGAAAUAUGCCAAACUGUCUCUCAGGGUGCACACAGUUAUUUGCAUUUGAAGCGUCCCAACACUUACAUGCAGACACCGCCUUUCCAACAUGCAUAUAAUAUAGGUCCAUCUCAGUGUAACGUUAAAAACAGUUAUUACACCUUUACUGCAGCUAACACUUCAUGCAACUUCGCUCAUGUCUGAAUAAAGUUGCUCUUUUUUGAGUAGCUGUGAAAAUAUAUUUUGCAUAUUAAAGACGAAAGGUUAGAUUUUGUCGUACGUAUCGUUACUUGUGGCUCAUAGUUCAUAUUUAGCAAACUUAGCUGUAACAAGUGAAUAAUAAAGUGAAUGUGAAUUUAUUAGCCUGCUGCAUUUUAAAAGCUUUUUUUAUUUAUCUUCGCCUUAUUUCAUCGCUCAAACAAAACAAACAAAAUGCUUCUUACAAUAUGAAUCACACGGUACUUCAUUCAUUCAAAGGCAGACCACCAAGUUUUUAAUGCAACCCUUUGAUCUUCAAUCUCUGACUGAAAGCUUGCAUUAAAAUCCACUUCUGUACACAUCAGAGUGUGUGUGUGUGUGUGUGUGUGUGUGUGUGUGUGUGUGUGUGUGUGCAUGCGUCUGCGUGCGUGCGUCUGAGUGUGUGGUGGCUUUUCGGGUUUUGUCGAGCUCCGUCACCUCAAUCAAGCUUUAUAGCAAGUGAGAGGUGUUUCACUGUUUAUGAGUAGUUUAAAAGCAAAAAAAGAAAAAAUGUAUGAUCAAAAUAUUAGUGUUAUAUUUUAUAUAUCUGUGGUAUGUUGUUUAUAAGCGUCUCGUAUGUUAAACAUAUUUUUAGUUCUAUAAAUAUUACAUAAACGCCUUGUCACACUCGAAGCAGAAAGUCAGGGUAUGAUAUUUUUAUAACGGGGUCCUUACAGUCCUGUUUACAGCAAAUCCUGGAUGUUUGAAACUGACUUUGUUCAUAGUUUAAAAUAUAAUAAGUGUAGAAUGUUACAGAGGGCUGGAUAGGACGAAACAAUCCUGAUUAGUUCUGUAAGUUGUGAAUGAAUAAAGGGUCAAUUCACAGAUUUAUUUCAUGUCUAACACAUUUUAGAAAAGUGCUCAUGUGAUCAUUUACACGAGGUCAGGCGGUCAAACAUCUUUUCGUCCUGAAAGUUGUGUGUCACUGUACUGUAAUGUUUUCAUUGUGAGGAGACGUUUACAGUUGGGGAUUGGUCUGUAUGUUACAUGUUUUUAAUACUGCUACCACUGGGGGACACCCAAGUUUAAAAUAUUCAAAUUCUACUCAUUGUACCGUCACAUUGAUUUUGUAAUCAUCUAUUUCAAACCGUUAAGACAUUUCAGUGGUGAUUUACCGGGAGGACGUUUCAACUCUCUCCACAUUUUUCAAACAAGAAGAGGGUCCUCAUUUCCUGUCCACAACACAUCUAUUUCAAAACAAAGACCUUCCUCCAAACUGUGUCAUCAAAUGAGCUGUAUUUAUUUAUUUAUAGUGUUUUGUUUGUUACACUGUAUGUGUUCAUUUUCAAAGAAUAAACACUAUGGAAAAUGAA